AACUAACAUAAACCAUGCUAUCACCAUCUCCACCUUUCCCUGCUCAAAGGCCCACCCAAGUGGCAACGCCUCCACCAAAAAAACAAGCGUGACAAUAUCAGCUCGGGCUAUGAUAAUUACAAGGGGGCGCCACUGUCGAUACUCCCCUCCCUCGACUCCCCGCUCACAGAUCCCGAUCUCCGCCGGUGUCUCACCAUGGGGCUAAUGACCAACGGCUCGACCGCGGAGGCGUCCGGCCUGAAGUUCCUGAUCUACGGCCGGACUGGGUGGAUUGGCGGCCUGCUGGGCCGACUCUGCGAGGCGCAGGGCAUCCCGUACGCCUACGGCGACGGCCGGCUCGAGAACCGAUCCCAGCUGGAGGCGGACGUCGCGGCGGCCGGGCCGACCCACGUCUUCAACGCGGCCGGGGUGACCGGCCGACCCAACGUGGACUGGUGCGAGACCCACCAGGUGGAGACCAUCCGGGCCAACGUGGUCGGGACGCUGACGCUGGCCGACGUGUGCCGAGAGCGGGCGCUGGUGCUCAUCAACUACGCCACCGGAUGUAUCUUCGAGUACGAUGACGCCCACCCGCUGGGAUCGGGGAUCGGGUUCAAGGAGGAGGACACUCCCAACUUCACCGGAUCCUUCUACUCCAAGACCAAGGCCAUGGUUGAAGAGUUGCUAAAGAAUUAUGAGAAUGUUUGUACCCUCCGUGUUAGGAUGCCCAUCUCAUCAGAUCUUUCAAAUCCACGCAACUUCAUCACCAAGAUCAGCCGGUAUGAGAAGGUUGUGAACAUCCCCAACUCCAUGACUAUCUUGGAUGAACUUCUCCCCAUCUCCAUUGAAAUGGCAAAGAGAAAUCUCACGGGGAUCUGGAACUUCACCAAUCCUGGUGUAGUUAACCAUAACGAGAUUUUGGAGAUGUACAGAGACUACAUCGAUCCAAACUUUACUUGGAAGAAUUUUUCUCUAGAAGAGCAGGCAAAGGUUAUAGUUGCCCCUAGGAGCAACAAUGAACUAGGUACAACCAGGUUGAAGAACGAAUUCCCAGAGCUUCUACCCAUUAAGGAGUCCCUGAUAAAGUAUGUGUUCAAACCAAAUCAGAAGACUCCGGCAGCCUGAAAAUCGAAUCUCUGUUUACUCAGCUGCUCUUGAAUGUAGUGGUUUUUUUUUUCUGGUAAGAAUGGAUGUAUUUGUGUUUUAAUGUGAGAUGGCCUAUGCAUUCAUGAAGUCAUAGACAAUGAUGGUUGAAACCUUGUCACAACCCUUUUCCUAUCUGGUGCGGUACCAUGAACAGCAAAGAGAAUGUUUUAGAGGAGUCUUAUGUCAUCCAGUUGUUAUCGUCUGUAACAUAGGAGUAGAUGAGGACUUCUUGGGUAUGUAUUAUUUCACGUUCCUAUAUUUUUGUGGAAAAGUGCAUGUGCAAGUCAAUUCUUUUUUUUUUUUUCCGGAAGUACUUUUAUGAUAAUAUGCAGUUCAUUGUUCUUGUACUUCAGAAUGCCAAAAUAAAUGCAAGUUUUUCAUUCAAA